AUGCGCCUUCAGCUGUCGUGGCUGUAUACACUCGGAUUAUUCUUCGCCUCCAUGGGCCUCUUUUGGAUCUGCCAAGGGCCCGACACAAGCUGGUUGGUCAAGCCUGAACAAACCCGCGAGCAGCGCACCACGGACACAGACUGGCUGCAGAUCAUCUCGAUCCCGGCUCUUGUCACCUCCGCACUGUUGCAGAUGUUCACCAACGCACGCGCAAGGUCAUUUGCGGGCGCGUACUCCCUCCAAGCUUACAUGGUGCUCGCAAGCAGGACGUUCCACAUGCUGUACAACUCCACGCAUUUCAUGGGCGCGUACUAUGCCCGCCCAGGAUACCACGUCAUCGACUUUGUGCUGGUCGUAGGGGCUCUAGGCGCUGCCUACCAGGCAGCCACAUUGCCACGCGUCGAGCAGAAUUUGCCCGAGGAGGACGAGUAG